CGAAAGAGGUGUGUCAAGGACUGUGUGUAACAGUUAUAGUGAAAAUGAUUCCCACGUGGAAGAGGGUGACGCUGAUUCUAAUGUUGAGUGCGAUGGUGGUGACUGCCGAAGUGGCACAAGAAGAAAAUGCUACACUAAAUGAAAAGGCUUUAACUGCUGAUGUGGAAGAGGGCCGUACUCGAAAACGUUUUUAUAAAUUCCUAAUCAAAGCAUUGGCUCCCUUGCUUUCUAACGUUUUGUCCACAAUAGUAAUGUUUAACACCAAGGUUGUGGUGUUGGCAAUUUUUUUAGCUGGAAUUUACUUCUUUGGACACAAAAUCUGGCCCGGUGGCUUUUGUGGGCACUCGAUCGUAUCUGAUAGCCCACCGCCGUUCUUUGGUGAUUAUUCCGGUGAUAUUACCGAUUACCACGGAUCAGGACCAGACAUAAUCUCCAGCUAUCCCGGACCGGAACCAAUUAGUUACUCGUCUCCGUCCUUCUCGUAUCCACCAAUCGAGAGCAUUUCAAACUCGUAUCUUCCACCAAGCAUAUCCUCUUCGUCAUCGGGCUCUGCGCCUCCACCCGCUCCGUCGUCCAAUGCAUACCUUCCACCAAAUCGACGAGGAAAGCGUGACGUCGGCGUACCGGAUGAUGAAGAAUUGCUGAACAAUGAAGUUUACUGGACCGAUCAGCUCACCGAUAUGGCAUUCCGCUUCCUCGGAGUGACAUCCAGAGCAUGCCGUAAGCGAUUCGUUUGCGAGUUUGAUUUCCACGCCCGCAAAAAUCCGUUCAUUCUGUUCGCCACCCGAGCGAUGGGACGCGACGUUUUCCACAACUAUCGAGAGGAAAACGAUGAACAUCCCAAGAGCUAUCAGGACUGCGGUCGUAUCUACGCACAAUGCGGUGUCCCGAAGGUAACUUCUUCCAACAAUGUACACCGUCGACGUCGCCCGCUGCCCACAACAACCACCGCCGCUCCUACUACUGCGGAACUUCCGAACGAGGACGAUGAGCUGUCGAACGACAUCGAUAGUGAAAUUGAGCACAGUGCCGAAACCGGGAGUGAAACUGCGGAAGACAACACCGAGCGCAGCUUCGACACGGGACCGCAGAACGACUGGCAGCCAAUGAGGAUGGAUCCGUUGAAGAGGUUGUUCAUUCCUCUGCUCUCGCCGGGCCGGCAGACGAAUUAAGUCUAAGCGUGCGUGCGAAGUGUGAACGGUGCGACAGUCAAUGAGAUUAACAGUGCGUGUAUAUAUUGAAUGGAUGUCUAUUUAAAUUAGAUUAAUAAGGUCUAUUUAUUGAAAACCGACUUGUGUGUACUUCCUCGUUAUUGUUAGGAAAGGUCAUCUCAA